UAGCGGACAAAGAACAUUAAAAAUGUCUGUUCUGGGCCAAAAGGUUUUUCAUCGAUUUGUUGGUUCGACGAAUACCCAUGAACCUAAUGCAACAAGGAACAACCUGUUCUACUAUACUUCCGGCCGUUGGCUAUACGAUGAGCACAGUCAACUGAGUCGACGAUAUAUCGAGUUCAACAUCCAAGCACUUCAGAGGCAUGCCUCUCAGGUGCUCAGAGCUAGAUGCAUUGGAAUAACCAAACUACCCGAAGGCCUCUAUAACAGAGUCCUUUCUUUGGAGAUGGAGGGUGGUGGGGAGCUUCGUAAUGUGCUUGAUAUUCCAGUCCCUAACGCUCUGGCCUGGAGCUUACCAUUACCAGAGUUGAAUUCAGUGGGUACAGAAUACGUCCUGAUGGAGAGAGUGAAUGGCCGCCAGCUGAGCGACAACUUGGUAGAAAUCGAGAAGAAAUUUGUAAAUACUAUAUUUACAGGUUAUGGGCGAACGGCAAAGAAGUAUCUUGCAGCAGUUGUGCGCCGUGAGAUAUCACUACUCCAGAAUUCCGCAACCCACAAGCCCAAGGAUGUUCCAGCGGCUGUACGAAGAUUAAAGGGGACAAUAAACAACCAUAUUCGACUAUUGGAGAAAUUUGUAAUGGUUUUACCCCAUAUCCUGCCUACUGGAGAGCUAACUAGACCUGUUCUUAUGCACCGCGAUCUUCAUCUCGAUACUAUCUUUAUUGACCCGGCGGAUCCAACAAAGAUAUCCAGUAUAAUCGACUGGCAAGCAAUUCCCCUUUUUUUCGAUUGUGAUGACCCUUACCCAUGGGGAGCGAUCCAGCCUCAACUACCCGAUGAAUUUGACACUCUUUCGCCCACGGAAAAGGAACUCGCCAGAGAAGCACACGACAGACUGAGAUUGAAGAAGUUUUACGAAUUGGCUUCAAGGAAAUUCAACCCGCUUCUCAUAAGGGCCAUGGAUUCCAUGAAGAGUGAUGAUGAUCCUACCUCUUAUUUCUUCUAUCUCGUCGGGCAAUCUUCAUCUGAUGGUCCAGUGACCUUAAGGGAGCUUCUCGUCCAAAUCUACGAAAACUGGGACCAGAUCGCGAAGAAACAAGGAUUAAGAAUGCAGUGCCCAAUAUCAUUUACCGAAGAGGAGAUCAGGAACGGACGGCGCCAGGGAGAAGAGUGGGCAAUAGCUUUCAAUGAAUUCGAAAACCUGCGAGCUCAACUUCUCGGGAAGGAAGGGUGGGUCUUCAGCGAGGAAUAUGACGAAGCGAUGCAAAUAUAUCACAGCAUUGAGGUUGACGGAACGACAUAG